CUGUGAUUUUUUUGGGGGAAGAUAAAAGAAAAGGCCCCAAGCGUAUAAGCAAGGAUGCGUUAGAACUCGCGAGACGGUUCCCUGAAGGCCGCUGUGACAUUUUUCCCCCUCUUAUUCUUCUAUUUUUGGCCCAAAGGCGACCGUGACACAAGCAACCCAGGUCCAACUUACUCCACUAACGCCGUCAUACACGAUAUCGAUCCCAGUACGAUACAAUAGGGAUACAGUACGGGGGACCGGUCGACCACAACCCCAAAAACACCUUAGACACACCGUUCCACCUACAGCUCCGACCGUGACCCGACCACGACCCGCGAAUGACGAGCAUCAACUCCGCCAUGAACUACUACCACGGCAGCAACUCACCACCCAAUUCCUCGGGGGCCGCCACGCCUACCACCACCACAUCCGCCACCUCCUCUGGCCUGUUCGGCGGCGGUCUGUACAGUGCCUUUGGCGGCCUGAUGCGCCGCUGGUCUAGUGAACCGGAAGGGGGCGGCCAGCUUGGCUUAGAGGAAGACGACCGUUCACACAGCAACGGUAAUGGCGUCGAUGGCGUGUAUAGCUCUAGGAGGUAUCGGCCACCACACCACGCAAAUACAUAUCCACGUGUCCCCUCGCCGCUCCGCCCGCCUCCGUUGGAACCUCUAGUACUCCACGGGUUCCGCGACGACACCCCUGACUCGGCGCGCCUAAUGACCGCCCCCGUCGCAGAGGAGAUUCGCAUCAUGGUCCCCGAGAGGCUGCGCAUCGAGGAGGAUUGGAAGUUGAUCUACAGCCUGGACCAGGACGGUGCCAGUCUUGCCACCUUGUAUGAGAAGUGUGCGCCCUUCAGGGGCCGUCGGGGCGGCUUUGUGCUUGUAGUGCGGGACGAUGAAGGAGGGACUUUUGGCGCUUACUUGUCCGAAUCACCACACAUCGCGCCCCACUACUUCGGCACCGGCGAGUGUUUCCUGUGGCGUGCUUCCAUGAUGAGCCCCCUACCCCCUCCACCCUCUGCCGACACGACACAACUGACGGGCCGCGCGACCACGAUCCCAUCGUCCCCCACCGCGACGACGAGACGAGCGCCGCCGGCCCUGAUCCCCAUAUACGACACGGACCUUGAGACACAAGGCACGAGCACUUACGACAUUCACGCCGAUGACGACCUCGACUACACAAUGGACAGGCGAGACCAGCUUAGCCCGCCCACAAAAUCCUCCUCCCCGAUGCCGCCGCAGCCGCCGUCCCCAUUUAUACGCUUCAAGGCGUUCCCUUACAGCGGAGUCAACGAGUACUAUAUCUACUGCGAGCCGCACUGGCUCAGCGUGGGCGGCGGCGACGGCAAGUACGGCCUCUGGCUUGACGACUCGCUCGAAAAGGGUGUCAGUGCUACGUGCCUCACCUUUGGCAACGAGCCGCUCAGCGACGAGGGUGAGAAGUUUGGCGUCCUUGGCGUCGAGCUUUGGGCCAUAGGCGCCAAGGACUAACAUGUGUGUUGGUUGUCGUUUAAUUUAUUUGUUUUUAACCGUUGAAAAAGCCGUUGCGCCCGUCUUUGAGCCUCUGUUUGUGCGCCGGUUUUUUUUACGUACCCCCAAGGUCACAUAGUCUGUAGGUGUUCUACAGUCCGAGGGUCAUCUCGGGGUCAGUUCAGCAAGAGGGUUAUACAACGGGUGUCUGAUGACGAAAGUGUGGCUUUUGUGACCUACCUAGCUAGGUCAGUCUCAUGAAUGAUGAAAGGAAAGGGAGGAAAAGAGACGAAAAAGAGAGCAACAAAAGACGGAAAACGGACGAUAUGAUUAUGAUACCCAUCUCUAUUUCUCACCUCAUUAUUCCUUAGCAGUCAUUAUCAACAUGCUUGGCUAGCUGAUGCCACAAACAUUACACCAGUGACUUUUGUCACUGUACCGAGUACCAAUACUGGCGAUGCGGCAACGAAAAUGGGUUCAUCCAGCGCGCCAUAUGACAAAUCAACUACGGUCACCUAGUCUCGGCAAAUGUGAAUCCUCGCGAAUCGCAGAGAUUAUCGGCUCAAGUUACGUCGUCGGUUGGGGAUCUGCUGGCAUCCAUGUAUUCAUUUUCCCACUCGUGUCUCCUGCACAUUCUAAAUAUCUCAACGGCUUAAUUGUGAGUGCCGGCGGGGAUGGCGCCGAUAGUAAAUCACCGCAAAAUAAACUCAGAAAUUGCUCAUAUACAAUUAUUCCCUUUGUCUUGAAAGCUCCGCUCGGCACAGCCAAUCCACGAAUACACAGAUCCCGCCCGCCUCACCAGUAAACAAACUUAUGCCUUUCAAGUUUGC